AUGGCGGGCAAGGUGCCCUCCCCGUUCGAGUCCCUAACACCAGGGCAGCUCGAGUUUCCAAAGGCGGUCGCCGACGGCAAGCCCACCCUUCUGGAGCUGCCGGGAUUCAGGUCGAUGGAGGCGUCAAGGUCGCCGCAGCAACGCCCCACAUCGCGCGUGUGGCACAGCCUGGGCGGCAUCGCCGAUGGCGAUUGCGCCCCCUCGCUCGAGGAUCUCUGGGAUGCCAAUUGGGGCAUGGCGGCCCGGCGGGAAUCUCGGGCGCCCGUCGCUGCCGCGCCUGGUCGCCCCUCGGGGUCAGAGGGUAGCUUUCUGCACAACCUGUCGGACCGGCUGCUCUUCUGGCGAUCGUCGCCGAUGGGGCCCGCCGGGGCCGACGGCCGGCGGCUGGCCGAGGCGGGAAGCAGGGCAGCCGAGCAGCACUCCGGGGGCGGCUCACCGCGAGAUGACUUCCCGGGACCCCUGCAGUCCAUCAAUUCCAGCAUCGCAAUUUCCAGCGUCGGGGACACAGGGAUCGGCGGCAGGAGCUCGGUGGCGUGGAGCGCGGGCGGCGUCCCAGUCUCUAGGCGCCCAUCCAGCGCGAUGUCCAUGGCCUCGCGCGGAUCGUCCAGCCCGCCCAGAGGGCCGCAUGCGUGCUGGGACGCGCCCAGGCACCGGCCGGCGGAUCCAUCGCAUCCCUGCAGGGACGGCGUGGCGGCGUGCGACUCGGCGUCGGAGGCGUGGACGCCGGUGAAGGAGGCCGGGGCCAGUGGGUGGGAUGCGGGAGAGGCCAACGAGGCGGUUUCGGGGGCGCGGGCCGUGCGCAGGGCGCUCAGUCUGUCGGACUACGAGGCGGUGAGCGAGACGUGGGACCGGGCGUGGCAUGGCGCACGGGAGGCCGGAGGGCGGCCAACCCACACCAUUGGCUUCACCAAGGUCCGCAUCAUGAUCAAAUCCCUCAUGGGGCUUGGGCUGCGCCACGUGAUGCAAAAAUGCCCUUCCAGUUCGGACUGUGGCAGCAACGCUUAUUGCGAGAGACCCUUCAUGCCCGAUCCGCUGCACCGCAUCGGCUCGGCCACAGUGGUCAAGGUCGACCGACGCUCCUCUUAG